AUGGAAAAUGCUGGGUUAUCGGUGGAGACUGGCCCGCCCGAUCAGCUGGACCAAGCGUUUCAACUAGACUUCGAGUCUAAUGCGGAGCUUGAGGCUUUCGAGGCCGAGGGGCUCGAUUUCGGACUAGACGGGCCAUACGAGGAAGUUGAAAACGGUGUCGCUGAUGAGGUCCCCGCUGAUUCGUAUGCGGGAUUCGACCACAUCCUCACAGGGCACCUCCCGGACGAUGCCGCUGUCGAACCCGAACUUGAGCACACGGGCCCAGAGGUUGCCCCUCCCGCCACCAAUGAUGAAACGGCGCAAACCACGGAAGCCAUUGACAAUGCCAAUGGUGCCGACGAUGACGCCAAAGCCGACGGGGCAUAUCAGGACGAGAUUGGAUACGAGGAUGACGAGCUCCUGGCCACUGAGGCCAACGUUGAGUUGAGCAAUACGGAGGCCGAUGAGACAGAGAUUGCUUUGGCGGACACCCUGUCCGAGGGCAACCCGGUUCCCGUUCCGGUGACGGAUGAUGGCGGCCACCUCGAAGAAUCGUUGCAUGGAAACGAUGUGUCAUGGGAUCAGGACGUCGACUUCCAGGGCCAUGAUGAGAGCAUAGAGGCACAAGACCCGCUUGACGACGCCAAUACAGAAGAAACCCCUCCUCAACCGGAAGGAAACGGCGUCGCUAUUGACACCUUCGACGAUGAGGCUACGCGCGGGCACCCCGUUGCUGAUUACCGUGGCUUUAAUCUGGAGAAAGUGCUCGACGAUAUUAUGCUCUCUCGUGCCAAGAUCCCGGACAUAGAAGUUCUCUACAACCAAGAGUGUUAUUCCUUGUUUGGGACCUCGGAGGACGACUCUGAUUCGUAUUUCCUUUCUGGAGUCGAGGAGCUCGACUGCCCCCUGUCACAAUUUCUUUCUGCGCUUCGUGCUGUAAUCUCAGACGAGAUCGCCGCCACGGAUGAACUGGUGAUCCGCUUUGACCCUCUCGAGCUCGAGUUUGGGGAGCGAUCAAACGAGAAGUUCCUAAAUCGCACUUUUCGUGAGAUACUUGAUUGCCAUUCCGCCCUUGGCCAGGUACCUGGCGCACCCGCGGACCCUGUCCUCCACCUGACUGUGCGACGCGACAGCGAGGAGCAUUUUCUCGAGCUCCUCUCCAAUGCGUCCCGGUUCAAGGGCUCCCCGAGUAGCGCAGAGGAUUCUGAAAUGUCAGAGAACCAUGAGGAGGAAUCCCGGGCCAACGAUCUUGAUUAUGAGCAAGCCCAAGAUGAGGCCUUCGAAGACGGAAAUAUGGAUGAGUAUUAUGACGAAGGCGGACAUGCCGACGCCGAUCAUGAAGAGCAGGGUGAACCCGAAUCAGCUCUCAGCCACGAUCAGUCGUCGGGAGAGCAACGGCAGGAUGACCAGUUUGACGUGACUGCACCGCAAACCUCGGAUGCUGCUGACGUAGCUUCCGGAGACGAGGGGCGCUUUGAAAUUCCUUCCGCCGAAGGGCCCUCUCAUGACACAACGGAUGACGGAGCUGGUGAGGAGCAAGCCUGGGACGGACAGGCUACAGAAGACGACACUGGUGCGGCCUCGCAGCACCCCGAAAUUCCGGUCGAGGAGACGGAUGAGGUCAACAACCAGCCGACAGAACAACAGGGUGAUGAAGUUACCGAAACCGCAGGUUUCGGUGCAGUCGAUGAAGACGCGGCGUCCAAUGAUGGUGUAUCCGAACAGGAAGCAGGUUCUAACGGUAAAUCCCCCUCUUUUCUUUCUCCGACUCCGCCUAUUUCUCUUUACAACUCGCCGGUCAAGUCUUCCCCUCCUCCGGUCCAAGAAAAGCUCUCAGUUUCGGCUCCAGUACGAGUGCCAAGCUCGAUCGGAGUUAACGAGGAAGCUCCUUGGGAUAUUGAUUAUUCGGAUGACGAAUAUGAACACACUCCCGGCAGCAAUCUCGAGAGCAAAACAUCACCACCCCUCCAAAUACAAGGGCAGAGCCCAAUCUCCCGGUUUCUUGGAACGAACUUCAACCGGACUCGUGGCAGCUCUGUGGGAUCUUUCUAUAGCAGCAAAGCUUCCGAACCCAGUGACGUUAGCAUGACUUUUUCCGUCGACGUUGAUGCUAACGGUGAUGCUCAUCAAGAUGACGAUCUCAUACUGGCGUUCGACGAUGAGCCCGGCUUAUCUGCCAUCCACGAAGGAGCGGACGAGCACGAGGACACGAUUACCUACGAUGACCUAGAAAAUCCCGACAAUGAUGCCGAAGAUGUGCAAGAGCCGCUUGCCGCCGGAACCUUCAACGAAUCCAUCGUUGAGCCUUCAGAGAAUGGAGGCCAUGACACCGCCGUGGCGGAAACGGCAUCUAUUCACACGAGCACGACUAUGAAUGGCGACGAGAUUGACUACGACGCGGAUGAUACCGCAGACGGCGUCUUCACGCCAGCAAACGACGAUGCUCAACAGUCGGCGGCCGCCUCUGGUGACGAUAAAGACGAAAUCGACUGGGAGAAUGAUGAGGAUGAGUACGAGCAACAGCCAGCGAUUGAAAAUGCCGGUGCCGACUACGAGGAAUCGAAGGAAGUUCCUCUAACCCCACCGAGCGUUGCUGGUAAACGGAGCAGGGCUGACGAGACAGAGAGUCUUGCCGAAGAGACCGGUAUGCCGCCUCCCGCUAAAAGGUUGCGCCUUCACUAA